AUGCGACCGACUGUGCGAAUUGCGGCGUUGCCCAAUUUCUCCGGUACGCCUUUCAUAUCAAGUAAAUUUAGGGAAGCUGUAGGGAUGAAAGUGGUUAAAGCACUAAAAAGGAACGAUUUUGGAGUGACGCAUGCCGCUAUCGAUAUGAUCUGCGCUCUGAUGCAUCCCAUGCAUGACGAUUAUGACCUGAGACAGAACAGUUUGAUAAAAUAUCCCUUGUUACAGACAAAUCGUUUUUGAAGCCUGUUGAACUGUGGACAAACUCACAUUGCUCAAGGUACUGGCGCUCUAGUAGUAUCAGCAAUGCUAGAUUUUCUCACUUUUGCGUUAUGCGUACCAUAUAGCGAGACCACCGACGGAAAACACUUUGACUUGUUGCUGGAAAUGGUUGCCGAAAGAGGGCGAAUGCUUUUUAGACUCUUUCAACAUCCAUCUAUGGCCAUUAUUAAAGGUGCCGGUUUAGUAAUGAGAGCGUUAAUAGAAGAAGGCGAAUCGGAAGUAGCUGUAAAGAUGCAAAACCUGUCUCUGGCCGAAGGAGCCUUACCGCGCCAUCUGUUAGCGGCUCUGUACACUCAAGGCUCCGACGGCAGGUUGUUGACGCACCGACAACUGUCCAGACAUCUGAUUGGUCUGUGGGUGACCGGGAAUCCCAUAGCAAUGGGACUUCUUAAGAGAAUCAUGCCCAUCGGUCUCAUAAGCUUCCUCGACUCACAAGACAAAAUCCCCGAUUCCGCCAAAGAGCAAGAGCUCCUAAACCACCGAGACAACUUAAAAAUGGCCCAAGACCACGCGUCCAAAACGAAACGCAACCCGAACCUGGUUGCCGUCGAGAGACAGAUCAAGAACCUAGAAAAACAGGUCGAACACUACACCAACCUGGCCCUGCAACACUGGGGCUCCCGGGUUGGGAUGGUCAGCCUGAAACGCGAGGAGAAAAUAAAAGAACGGCCGAUAGUUUUAAGAAAGACGGAAAGAGUCAAGGCCGAGAGCAACUGGGCGCUGUUCUACUGGAACUUUAGCCAGAACCACGCGCUCUCGAACUUGAUCUGGAACCACAAGACGAGGGAGGAGCUGAGAAGUGCCUUAGAGAACGAGAUCCGGACGUUCUCGAACGACAGGGAGUUGGCGGGGAACGCGCUGGUGGCGUGGAACCAUCAGGAGUUCGAGCUGAGCUACCAGUGUUUGGCUGAUGAAGUUAAAAUAGGGGAUUAUUAUUUGAGGUUGUUUGAGAUGGAUGAGAGCAAUGACGAUUCGCCAAUUAGAAAAUCAUAUGAAUUUUUCAAUGAUUUGUAUCAUCGUUUUUUACUUACUAACAAAGUAGAAAUGAAAUGUAUGUGUCUACAAGCGAUGUCAAUAGUGUAUGGAAGAUAUUUCGAAGAUAUUGGUCCGUUCAGUGAUACAAAAUACAUGAUUAUAAUGUUAGAAAGGUGUGUUGAUAAAAUAGAAAGAGAUAGACUGAUCGUGUUUAUAUCGAAGUUGAUAUUACACCGAAAAAAUGUAAGGGAUUUGCUAGACGUAAACGGAGUGAAGAUUUUGGUGGACUUAAUGACGCUUGCGCAUUUACAUACUGCUCGGGCAGUGAUUCCCACGCAAACGAAUGUGAUAGAAGCCGGUCCAGAUAUGAAAAUAGAACAGAAGAGAGAAUGGCACUAUAAUACCGAGGAUGGUGGAAAAGGGCCUGUUACUUUAGAUGAGAUGAAAGAACUGUUCCAAAAAGGCGUAAUAACACACAAAACUCGUUGCUGGGCGAUGGGUUUGGACGGUUGGCGUGCUCUAUCCCAACUCCCUCAACUAAAAUGGUGCUUGCUCGCUAAAGGGAACCCGGUACUAAACGAAAGCGACCUAGCGGCGAAUAUUUUAAACCUUCUAAUCAGGAUGUGCCAGUACUUCCCGAGCAGAGACGCGGACGAGGCGAUCAUACGACCGCUACCGAAAGUAAAGAGGGUCCUGAGCGAACAAACGACUCUAUCUCACGUGGUACAGUUGCUGCUUACAUUCGAUCCUAUCUUGGUGGAGAAGGUGGCUUUGUUGCUAUGUGAGGUUAUGAGAGAUAAUCCUGAAAUGCCAAAAGUGUAUCUUACCGGAGUGUUUUACUUCAUUUUGAUGUAUACGGGGAGUAAUGUUUUGCCGAUCGCCAGGUUUCUGCAGCUGACGCAUAUGAAACAAGCAUUUAAAGCCGAAGAAAAUGUUACGUCACUUAUAAUGCAAAAGAGUAUCCUAGGCAGGCUUCUUCCCGAGGCCAUGGUUAAUUACUUAGAAAAUCACGGAGCCGAAAAAUUUGCCCAUAUAUUUUUAGGCGAAUUUGACACUCCUGAAGCUAUCUGGAGUUCACAAAUGAGACGUAUGCUUAUUGAACGAAUAGCGGCUCACAUCGCCGAUUUCAGUCCAAGACUUCGCAGUCAUACUAUGGCUAGAUAUGUAUAUAUUCCUAUACCAACAAUAAGAUAUCCCCAACUGGAACAUGAACUUUUCUGUAACAUAUUUUAUCUUAGACAUCUAUGCGAUACAGUCAAGUUUCCUGAUUGGCCUAUACCAGAUCCAGUUGGACUUUUAAAAGAUGUUCUGGAGUCUUGGAAAUCUGAAGUGGAAAAAAAACCUCCUCUGAUGACUGUAGAGGAGGCUUAUAACAGUUUGUUUUUGGAGGGAACCCAUCAUGAAGAAGCGACUAUUAGAAAAGCUUAUUAUAGAUUAGCUCAAAAAUACCAUCCUGAUAAAAAUCCUAACGGAAGGGUAAGUCAAGUGAACUUUUUUGAAAAAGUGAAUCAAGCUUACGAGUUCCUCUGCAGCAGAACAAGUUGGAACACGGACGGUCCAAAUCCUAACAAUAUCGUUUUAGUAUUGAAAACACAAUCCAUCCUGUUUCACAGGUAUUCCGAAGUGUUACAACCGUAUAAAUACGCUGGCUAUCCUCAACUCAUCAAGACCAUAAAAAUCGAAACUGCCGACGAUCAGCUGUUUUCUAAGACCGAGCCUCUUCUUGCUGCCGCUACCGAAUUGGCUUACCACACCGUCCAAUGUUCCGCACUUAAUGCCGAAGAAUUAAGAAGAGAAAACGGUCUAGAGAUUCUUCUAGAGGCCUAUACGCGGUGUGUCAAUGUUUUAAGCAAAUCUUCGAUUCCAAGUGACGUUGCCGUUCAAGUGUGUUUGCACAUCACCAAAUGUUUUACUGUAGCCGCUCAAUUCCAGGCAUGCAGAGAGCGAAUAGUUAACCUACCUCAACUUAUAAGGGAUCUAUGCCGAAUUCUCCAUUUUAAGGUAAUUUAUCAAAUGAAAAAAUU